AUGCCCGACAAGCAGGCCAGCCUCGAUACUCUCCCUCAUCAUCUCAUUCAUGCGAUCGCUGCAUACACGGGCGAUGCGAAAAGCGUAUGGCGGAUGUGGAAGGUGUGCAGGGCGGUCAGGUUGGGAGCGGAGCCUGCUUUGAAGCCGUAUUUUGAGGAGAGAGAGAUAGUUGGGAGUCCACCUCUGACAACCGAUAUCUUCGAGCUCAUUCACAAAAAGUUCGCGAAGAGGGACUCGAAGCGCGACCUGGGUAUAUCGAAGCGGUCCCAGCGGUUCGACAACCUCCUCGCCGCUCAUCCAUCGGCCGCGGGCGGUCUGCUUUGCCCAUAUCCAGCGGUUCGCUCCUCAGCUCACGGCUCUCUCGGUGAUCAUGCGGGACUCCUUCUGGGAAGACUCCGUCGCCAACGAAGGGUGCGACGAUGCGGUCCUGUCGGUCAUCCUCGAGAAUUCCGUCGAUACGCCCCACGUCUGGGACGACGUUCUGGCUGGUAUCCAGUUUCCCCACCUCACGCACCUCGAGCUCAUCUCCACCUCACGUGGUGGGGAACACGCCGCUCACAUCCUCUCGCACGUCCCACACCUCAAAAGUCUCGUUAUAUCGUCGCACUUUUGGGGCGAGCACGCGACGGACCAAGAGGAAAUCUCUACCGAGCCUCUCUCCGAAGCGGCACCCUUUCCCAUCGCGAACACCUUGUCCUCGCUGGUCACGGUGCCCCGGUCGAAGCUCUCGCGGAGGGCAUCAUUCCCCACUCGCCCAAACUCACCACCAUUACCCUGCAGAUAUCGGAUGAGACGCCCAACGAGUACUCGGACUGGCGGUUCCAUUCGGCUGUCCCCCUACUACGCUCGGCUGCCCAGUGCAAGCAGCUCCAAACUCUAGCUCUGUACGGCGAGGCCGCGUACCAUUUCGGAGCUUCUCUAUUGUCGCUUCAGAAGCAGGGAGUCCCGGGCGCUAGUUUGGAGAAUCUGAAGCGGCUGUUCUUGGACGAGAUCCAGAUGGAUGCGGAUGGAGGCAGCAUCCAUCACCUGCUGGACACCAUCCCCUUCCCCGACUUACCAGCCAUUGAGCAGAUCUUCUGGUCGCACCGCCAGAGAUGGGCCAAUACCACAGGCAUGCGCACCAAUCACGCCAUCGGCGUCGCCGAACUUCGGAAAGUCUUCGAUCAGUACCCUACCCUCCAGAAAGUCCACUGGACUGACGCAUAUGCGAGCGAUAUCUCGGCGGACCCGCUUGAUCCCAUCUGCUCCGCUGCACACCUCUUCUGCCACGCCGCUCGUCCUAUCGACGACCAGCCCAUUCGGCCUUUCUAUCCGAUCCGAGUCGAGGCGCUUCCCACAGUCGAUCAAGCGGCGGUCGCGGCCAGGGCGGCGGCGAAGGUACCUACCAGGAGGUCGGAGAGGCAGAGGGUCAGCAAAGGCGGGAAGUAG